AGCUGCGCGUCCAUUGGCUGUUUGGCGGGGCUACGCGGGCGGGGCUACGCGGAAAGGCCUGACCACGCAGUGAUUGGGUCUGUGCUGCUGGCUUCGGGUUGUGGCUGAGGCCGGUCUCCGCUCCAGGGCCCGGGAAGAUGGUGCUAGGUGGUUGCCCGGUUAGUUACUUACUUCUGUGCGGCCAGGCGGCUUUGCUGCUGGGGAAUUUACUUCUGCUGCAUUGUGUGUCUCGGAGCCACUCGCAAAAUGCGACCGCUGAGCCUGAGCUCACAUCCGCUGGCGCCGCUCACCCGGAGGGCCCCGGGGGUGCUGCGAACUGGGAAUAUGGCGACCCCCACUCUCCGGUCAUCCUCUGCUCUUACCUACCUGAUGAAUUUAUAGAAUGUGAAGACCCAGUGGAUCAUGUUGGAAAUGCAACUGCAUCCCAGGAACUUGGUUAUGGUUGUCUCAAGUUUGGCGGUCAGGCCUACAGCGACGUGGAACACACUUCAGUCCAGUGCCAUGCCUUAGAUGGAAUUGAGUGUGCCAGUCCUAGGACCUUCCUACGAGAAAAUAAACCUUGUAUAAAGUAUACCGGACACUACUUCAUAACCACUUUACUCUACUCCUUCUUCCUGGGAUGUUUUGGCGUGGAUCGAUUCUGUUUGGGACACACUGGCACUGCAGUAGGGAAGCUGUUGACACUUGGAGGACUUGGGAUUUGGUGGUUUGUUGACCUUAUUUUGCUAAUUACUGGAGGGCUGAUGCCAAGUGAUGGCAGCAACUGGUGCACUGUUUACUAAAAAGAGCUGCCGUCAUGGCCCAGGGAGGCAGGUGAAAGCUCUGUCUUCUGAAUUCAUCUCUACAGGCUCAAAACUCUUCUUUGAUAUCAGACUUGAUGUUAUUUUUCCUCUUUGGAGGGCAUUUGUUUGGUUAAGAAGGCUUGUUCAGACUUUGGAAUUUCAAACCAGAUUUUACCUUGCAGACGAAAUGACAAGCAAGAAGUAUUGUGGGAAUCAAAUUUUUUUCCUUUCCUCAUGCACAAAACGUAAAGGAUAGUGACAAGUUUAUAAGCUGUGGAUGGGUUUCCAUAGUCUUCCUUUCUGUGCAUUGCUAUAUCUUCAGUCCUUUGGAGCAAGCGGAUCCAACAAGUUGAGCAAAGUGAAUAUUUGUAUCCACGUUCCUCUUGUGACCCUGAGUCUUCAUGCAAGGGGAACUGAAGCUGAACAAUGAAAAUCUUCAGCAGAAAUAGAAAUGGCCAUGGAUUGUAAUACACACUGAAAUUCUGACUUUCUGAAUUUAAAUGCAGAAUAAAUUUUGCCAACCUGGAGUACUGUAUGAGUAUUUUCAGUAGGGGGAGUAAACUCAAAAUUAUAUUUGUUUUGCAGAAACCUAGUCAUUUGAAAUGAGCCCUCUUGUGUCUCCAUUAUGUUCCAGAGACAGUAUAUGCAGUGCGAUAAUUUCAAUAUUCCAAUUAUAUUUUGAAAGCCAGCGGCAUCAGAUGUGUGAAUUGAGCUAUUCCUCCUGGCAGAGUUGUCCAGUCUAAAAAUCAGCAUUUACCAGCCCAUGUUGUAAAUUAGCAUUUACCAGCCCAUGCUAAUAAAAUUAAGAUUUCAUACAUGUUUCCAUAAAACUAUUAUUCGUGAUUAGGUGAGAUAAAGCAAGGAGCCUUAUGCCUUUGAAAAGAAAAACACACUUCUACUAAAUUAGGACAUGAUUUAUGGGAGCAAAGAGAAACUUAGCACAUUCUCUCAAAAAGCAUGGUACUAAAGCUCUCCCUGUGGGCUGCAGCAAUCAGAGAUACAGCCACACUUCUGCAUUCCCAAAUCACCAGGAAUAAAAGGAAAUGUUCCAAAUUGUAAGUGGUUUUAAAAACUCGGUUCCCAUCCUUUGCAAUCUAAGUUGAAAAGAACUGUUAAAUAUAAAAUCAAAAGUGGGUAGUGUGGCCAACUCAGUGGAAGAGGCUGUUACUCAGAAUAACUUAAAAAUUCUAGGAACAAGGUAGAACUCACUCACAGUUUACCUCAUAAUAAUUGAAUUUAAAACCAGAUAUCACAGUUAAAGUAACUUCCCUGGAUACAUUCUAUCAUUUUGUGGCUUUCCUAAGAAUUUCUUGCUUUAUCAUUUCCUGAUCACUGUUUUUACAUUAUUAAAGGUGGCAAUUUUCUGUAAAAAAUUUAAAACAGAUGAUCCUAUUCUGUCUUGAAAGUUCUGUACCACACUGACCUUAACCUUGCUUAUCACAUAACAAUUGGUAAACUUUUAAUUCAUAAUCUCUAUACCCUAAGACAGUAUUUAUUAAAUUUUUAUGGGUCAUGAAGAAACUAGACUCUCCCCAGAAAUAUGCGCAUACACAGAUUUUACAUAGAAUUUAAAGGGGUUCGUCUACAUAAUUUAUGCAUGAAACAAAAUUGUACUGGUACCCCAUAAAUUUAUACAAAUAAAACAAUUUAAGGGAGUUCAAGAAUGCCAUAUAUCUAUUUAAAAAAAAAAAAA